ACACAAGAUGGCGUCACUCGUCACCUGGUGUCUGGCGGGGACGGACCGCCGCGCUCAGCCUCCCCGGCCAUGUUGAUGUAGCCGCCCUCAGCCCCCGCCGCCACCACCACCACCCACACACACACACCUCUCACACGCCGCCACCAGCCGCCGCCACCGCCGCCACCCACAGGGAGAGGGAGAGGCGCCGCCGCUCAGCUUGUGGAUAGUGUCGACGUGGAAACUGAGUCGGGCCCAGCAUGGGGUGUUGCACAGCACCCGCAGCCAUGCCGGAGGAGAAGGCGGGGAAGGGGGAGAAUGGCGUCGGGGCAGAAACAAAGGCCCCCGAGUCCCCCAGUAAGUCCCCGUCGAAGGCUCCCAGAGGGAAGAUGGUUCUUGCCCGCGUGAAGCUCCUCGAUGGCACCGAUUGUGAAGUGGCUGUGGAGAAAAAGGCCAAGGGUAUAGACUUGCUUGUGAGCGUCGCAGACCGCAUCAACCUCCUCGAGAAGGACUACUUUGGGUUCAUCUAUACUGACCACAACAAUACCACAAACUGGCUCAACCUCGAGAAGCGCAUUUCCAAGCAGGUCAAGGGACCCUGGGAGUUCAAGUUUGAGGUCAAGUUUUAUCCUCCGGACCCAACGCAACUCGCAGAAGACAUAACUCGGUACCAGUUGUGCCUCCAGGUACGGCAAGAUAUUUUGACUGGGAAGCUGCCGUGUUCCUUCGUUACCCACGCUCUCCUGGGCUCGUAUAUGGUUCAGGCGGAGGUGGGGGAUUACGAUGCUAAGGAACACGUAGGCACGUCUUACCUCGCCGAGUUCACUUUUGCUCCCAAUCAGAAUGCUGAGCUGGAGGAGAAAGUUGUUGAUCUGCACAAGACUCAUAAAGGCCAGACGCCGGCAGAAGCAGAGCUGCACUACCUCGAGAACGCCAAGAAGUUGGCCAUGUAUGGUGUCGACAUGCACUCGGCGAAGGACUCGGAAGGCAUCGACAUCAUGCUGGGAGUGUGCGCGUCUGGACUCCUUGUCUACAGGGAUAAGCUACGUAUUAACCGGUUUGCGUGGCCCAAAAUCUUGAAAAUCUCGUACAAGCGCAGCAACUUUUACAUCAAAAUUCGACCCGGAGAGUUUGAAACCUUUGAAUCGACGAUUGGCUUUAAACUUCCGAACCACAAGGCUGCCAAGAAGUUAUGGAAGGUGUGCGUCGAACACCACACAUUCUUUAGAUUAAUGACACCAGAACCACCACAGAAGCAGGGUCUUUGGCCGCGCCUGGGCUCGAAGUUCCGGUAUUCUGGCCGCACCCAAUACCAGUCACGUAUGGCAGCCAACCUCAGCGACCGAAAUAACCCAGAGUUUGAGAGAACUCUGAGUCGCAGAAAGUUGUCGUCGCGAAGCAUGGACGCCUACAAUAUCAUGGAGGCCCAAAAGAAUGCUAGCAACCUGUCGCAGGGGCCGCCCCUACACACAGGUAGUCGUGCAUGUGGUUCUUGGUUCGACAUCCAUAACCAUGCUUGUGAUCUAGUGCAAGACAUUCCAUAUAUUGAUUCCUGCGGCUUCAAUGCUUUGGGAACUCGUACCGGUGAGACCCCAGAGAUGUCUAAGAGGCAUACUAUGUCCCACCCUCCGCCUCAUAUUCCCGGGCUGGAGGAUGCGCCGGGAAAGGAUGCUGCCAGUCGUGCCGAGAGUGGCCGAGAUACUCCGGGCACCGAGGAACGCACUCCUGAAAAGAAAGAUAAGAGGAGAACCGGCCGGAGCAGCGGGGCAUCGUCCUCGCAGAGUUCCGUCAGUUCCGAGGAGGGGAACUUUGAGCCGCCCACCGGAGACAAGUCCAAGAGACCGGUAGGCGGUGUGGCUGUGCUCCCAAUGGCUGACCUCAUGAAGGCCACAAAGAAACGUGCCGAAAAGUUGGCCCUCGCAGAGGAGGAGGCCGCCGCCGCCGCUGCUGCCGCUGCAAAGAGCGGUGCUCCUCCAUCCUCUACCCCUCCCCCUGGAUACAAGACGCUGGAGGGACGGAAGUCGAGCUCGGAGGCUCCGGAGGAUGCAAGAGGCGCAGACCCUCUAGUGAAGACCCAUCGCACAGUCUUCCAAGAUCCCAGCGUCGACGACUCUGAACCGGGGUCUCCGCCGUUCACGCGGCAGUAUUCUUACGAGGAGCUAGAGAAUGAGCCUCGCCGGCCAUACAGCCCCACAACCCACGGCUUCAAAUACGACAAAGCUGGAGGACGCGGAGAGGAUGGCUCGGCAGGGCCUCGGGGAAGCGAGAAGAGAAGAGCUCAAGCCCAGGCGUUCAAUUACGCCCCGGGGGAGGACUCGAAGCUGGUCGAAACGGCGGAAAAGCGGAAGACCAGCUUGAAGGACACGGGCGAAGGUAAACAAGGGGAACUGAUGUUAGAAGCCAAGCAUGGAAAGGGAUUACAAGGGUCACCCAAGGGUGUUGAAGGCCAGGCUGCUCCGGCAUCCUCCCCCGACAACACACUUCCAGAGACCUCCGUCGACGACAGCUUCCUCAACACGUCGGCCGACUCGACUGGUAUCUUGGCAGGAUUUGUGGCAGGAAAGAAGGGAAAGAAGGAUAAGAAAGAGAAGGUGAAAAAGGAUAAAGACAAGAAGGAAAAGGACAAAAAGGAAAAAGACAAGAAGGGUAAAGAUAAGAAAGAAAAGGAUAAGAAAAAAGAGAAAGAGAAAAAGGAGAAGGCAAAAGAUAAGGCAAAGAAAGACAAACAAAAAGAGAAAGGUAAAAAGAAGGGGAGGUUUGGGAUUUUUGGCUCUCGGGAUCGCAAGGACUCUACCAGUAGCAGCAGCAGCAGCAGUAGCAGUAGUUCGAGUGACAGCUCCGAUGACAGUUCUGACGAGAGUGUCGUCAUUGAGAACCGUGAAGGAACCGAGCCUAAGGACAUCGAUCAGACCAUGUCGGCCACUGAGAGCUCUUAUGCUGCAGACCGUUCCGACAUUUCACUAAUAAUUAAUCCCGGGGCUACCAGCGAGCCUUCGUUCACUGCUGACCAUUCCUCCUCUGACAUUGUUAUAAACCCGGCACUCGGCGCGUCGUUGGCAGCAGAGGCCGGCGACGGCAGCGCCGAUGGCUCCACAAUGCCGAAAAUCAUAAAGACCACGACCAAGAAAACUUUCAUCCAAGAUGCCGAGGGUAUUUCCGAAGACACGGUGCAGAGAGUAGAAGACUUCGCCACGGGACAGGUUGAACUUAGCACACAAAGUCAGAAGGCCGAACACAGAGAGGCCGACGGCAGAGAGAAGCCUCACGUAAUGGCCACCACCGUCACCACCAUCACUGCCCAGUCUGUCGAGGACAAGAGCACCAAGGCGAGAACACAACAGAUGGAGGAGAAGACCUUCACAGCGACCACCAAGACCACGGGGACGACUCAGGAGCAAACUGUGGUCACGCAGGAGGUGAAGAAGCAGACGCGUUCCAUCGCGCCGGAGCACGCUGAACAUCUUGCGUCCGCACAGGGUCAGGGAGGCCACACCCCCUCGUACUACCCUCAAGGUCAGGGGGGAGGCCACACCCCCUCGUACUACCCUCAAGUCGGGUAUGCUGGCCACACUCGUCCUCGCACAAUCUCCAGCGGAAGCGACGACUCCGGCACGUCGGUCGAUCCCUUGGAUUCCGAUUACGAUCUGGUGAACAAGGAUGGCAUUGUGCCAACUGAAGCCCAGAUGUUUGAUGGCAGUGGCGUUUACACGACGAUGAGCGUCGAAGCUCCGCCCCUAGUGGAGACCGAGUCCCGAAAGGUAUCCGUAUUGGGCGACUUGAACAUCGACGACAGUGCCGUGGUGGUGAGCUCGCAGUCCAUCUCCUCGAGAACCCGCACGGUCGAGACCACCACUUACAAGACGGAGAAGGACGGCGUGCUGGAGACUCGGGUGGAACAGAAGAUCACCAUCCAGAGCGACGGGGACCCCAUUGACCAUGACCGCGCCCUGGCCGAUGCCAUCCAGGAAGCCACCAGCAUGAACCCGGACAUGACGGUGGAGAAGAUUGAGAUCCAGCAACAGUCUACGGAAUGAGGUGUUGCGGGAAGGAUUUAAUUAAAGAUCUCCUUACUGGUGCAGUUGGUGUUGCUGAUGGAGUCAGUGUGACGUGUGGAAGAGUCACGAAACGUCGUCACGGGAAGAAUGCAAACACUUGGACUUCACGACACAUUGUGUGUCAACCCAGUGUGCUAGUUAACCCCAUUUAGCUAUUAUCAAUGAUAGUAGUCAGGUCUUGAGUUCAUUCACUCCUGUAUUAUGCAACAAAACACACACUCUUAAACUUUCAAAUGUAUUAUAUGGUGGGCUCUGGGUUUGUCUUCUGAAGUAUCUGGUGUGGUUCGUAUGGUUCUGCAGUGGGCUCUGGGUUUGUCUACUGAAGUGUCUAGUGUGGUUCUGCAGUGGGCUCUGGGUUUGUCUACUGAAGUGUCUAGUGUGGUUCUGCAGUGGGCUCUGGGUUUCUCUUCUGACAUGUAGUUCAAUGGUGGGCUCUGGUGGGACUUUCACAGGCACUGUUUCUGUUAUGGUUAUUCUGAGUUGUGAUGUGCUUUCAGACUUACCGAGACGUAAGCUCUGGUUUAGCAGACAAGUUAUUAGUUUCUAGCAAACUCUUCGUUGACGUUGGGCAUCUCACGGGUUCGCAUUCUUCGUGCACUUCCUGAAACGCUCCGGAAAGUCCACAAGUAUAGGAACCCUGUCGAUGCCAGUCUAAAACAUCCAGGUUAAUCGUUGGUGAAAUUAUCUUUUGUCUGAGAGUAAAAUAGAACCUGGUAUACUUGUUUUAGACAGUUAUUUGUUUGUUUACAAGCACUAGUCUAUUAGCAUAUUUUGCUUGGGAUACCGAAUAAUUUAUCGUGUCUCAAGUUUGAAACACAAUUAGGAACGAGUCGAGGGUUUAAAUUGUCUAGGGUUGAGGCCGCCAACAUGACUACUUUUAAGUUACACAACUUUAUGUCCUCAUUAAUUAUGCAGCUAAAAAAAAAUCACUGUGAUGCUUUGAAAUUAAUAUAUAUACAGUACCUGUAUAUUGAAAGACAGCUUUUAGAAAAAUUGUCAUAAAUAGAUUAUAUGAAUGUUGAAAAUCACGAUUAACAGUAGCUACUUGCUCCGGAUCUUUAAAAAUUAGAAGCUUCGUGCUUCGAUUAUCGCAGCUCCAGGGACGUGGCAAAAAUAUCUCGUAUGAGAACAAAAUGUAAACAAAUAUGGCCACGGGAUCCUGCACGGAGGAUCUGCCUUGGCUUCAAGACAUUGCAGAGAGCGAGUCUCAAUAAUUUUGCUGAAAAAUAGUAAUCGGAACUUCACAUGUGCAAAUAAAGGAAAGUGACAAUGUUUGGGCCCAUCUUUGACCCUUAAAUGGUCACUUUGUUUUUACGUUUGGGUUAGGUUACUAGUUUUCAAAACCUUGUGUGAAUGUUAUUACUAAUUUUGAUGGUGUAAAUCAAAGUAGAAUUCUUUUCAGUUUUAAGGAAAUAUUAAUUUGAAUUUUGUUGCAUUGGUGUAAAGCAGCUCUUUAACUAAAUAACUUCUGACCUUGCUUCAUUCUUGAAUGGGGUGGAGAAGGCUCAUGUACGUUUUAACAAAGUGAAGACUUACAGCCUCGUGUGGAUGUCGUACUUGAUGGUGACGGGUUCUAAUCCAAUCUUGUAAUGCUCUGGGUCACCCCUUGUAUCAUGCAGAGAAUCAUUGAUAUUCAUCGUGUUUCUCAUGCCACCACCACCACCGCCACCACCGCCCUCCUCUCCUGUAAAAGUGGCUAGUUCGGUGAGUCAUCGUUGUUUUUAUUUGGUGUCUAUUAUUUUGUAUAUCUGUUUUGCUUAGUCCUCUAUUUUUAUACUAAAAGGAAUUAAUUUUGUUCAGUGGAUUCAAUAUGUAAAUGCAUCAUAAUGGAAUAUCUUUCAGUGUUACAUUUAGUGAUUAAUCAGUGUUCCAGGGAGUAACUUUUAACAUUGUGGGAACUACGCGAUAUUGGAGUAAAUACA